AUGUACUGGUAUUCAAGAUUAGAAGGCGAAAAAAUUAAAUGCAAUGGUUGUGGACCACAAGAUGCAAUAUUGCGGCAGAGGCUUGAAAAAUACAGGCAAAAAAUUGCAUCCGAUUAUCAGCGUAUAUUCCGAGACCCAUAUACGUUGAAUCCUAAAAUAUUCUUCCAGCUGACAUUUUUAGAGGCCUUCAAAGCCAAGGGAAAGGAUCUCGUGAAACAUUUCGAUGCAUGGGCCCGCAACACGGACUCUAGCAUCUCGCGCCUGAAUACAGGGAAUGGAUACGGUGUUUCUCUUGAUGACAUUGGCAUGAAAGCCACACUUGAUAAGCUGAUGGAAGAUUACAUAAGCCUUAUUUCAAGAGUUUUGUUUCAGAUACCGAGUUCUCAAGAAACCCCGCAAGAGUCUACCCGCACACCCACCCCUCUUGCUGCUGUUCAACAAACACUGGUGGCAACUAAUAAAGUGACUGAUGAACCUCGAUCAACCCCUCAACCACUGUCUCUUGAACCCAGUGGAAGUAAGUCCUCUACUAAAGCUCGAGCUCAAGUUCAAGCUCGUAACGAUAAGCCUGGCACUGGAACCAGUAGGAAGAAUAAGCUAGACCAUUAUGCACCCAGAAUGAAAGUUGAAGAACUUGAUAACAUCUUUAAGCGGUGUUCUUUCAAUUCUUUAAAAUACUAGCACCAACUAUACAUAAACUGGAGCAUAGAUGAUUUUAUUUAUGCGUAACAAACAAAUUGGUUCCUGCCAUGAUUCUUUGACUGUGUGAAUGAGAUGGUUACUCCAUUGUUUGAGAAAUCAUUGACUGCUACAGAUACUGGGACGAGUGGGCGCCUUGUGCUGCCAAAAAACUGUGCGGAGGUUA